UCCAUCCCUCUGCUUCAUGCGUUUGCCUUGUUGGCGGCGCAGGUUACAAUUUCAAGCUUAAAAUGCGCAUCAUGCUCUCUAAGUUGAUCCCUCCAAUUCCCUUAUUGAGAAGGAAAUGGAAUCCAAAAAUGGCGAGCGUGCGAUGGUUCUCAGUUUCUCCCAUAGACAUGGCUGCAAGAGAUGGGGAACUUAGGGUUUUCCUUGUCGCGGGUGAAGCUUCUGGAGAUUCCAUCGCUUCUCGCCUCAUGGCUUCGCUCAAAACUCUCUCCCCUUUUCCUCUUCGCUUCGCCGGCGUUGGAGGGGCUAAGAUGGCGAGUGAAGGGUUGCAAUCUCUGUUCCCAAUUGAGGAUAUUUCGGUAAUGGGACUUUGGGAGCUAUUGCCACAUUUGUAUAGAAUCAGAGUGAAACUGAAUGAAAGUGUCAAAGCAGCUGCACUAUUUGAACCUCAUGUUGUAAUAACUGUUGAUUCUAAGGGCUUUUCUUUUCGGUUCUUGAAACAGCUUAGAGAUAGAUACAGUCACAAAAAGUUGCAUACGCCAGCACACUUUCACUAUGUAGCACCAUCAUUCUGGGCAUGGAAAGGAGGUGAAGCUAGACUCAGAGGACUAGCAGAAUUUGUGGAUCAUCUAUUGUGCAUACUUCCAAAUGAGGACAAAAUAUGUAGACUGAAUGGAUUGUGUGCAACAUUUGUUGGGCAUCCAGUCCUGGAAGAUUUUCUGGAGUUGAAUUUGAUAAACAAUUCCUCCACUCAUGAAUGGAGGGCUGAAGGAAAUGGUGAAGACUUCCGAAAUAAGCAUGCAGUGCCAGCAGGAGCCACUGUCAUUAGCUUGCUUCCUGGAAGCAGAAUACAAGAAGUCAGUCGGAUGCUUCCCAUCUUUUCAGACACGAUGGAACUGAUGAAAAACAUGGUUCCGCAGUUGAUGACAGUCAUUCAUGUUGCACCUAAUGAGCAUGUGGAAAAUUUCAUAGCUGGUGCUGUUCAUAGAUGGCCUGUGCCAGUUAUAUUGAUUCCAGGUGGAACAACUCAACUGAGAUAUGAUGCUUUUAGUGCAAGUAGAGUUGCGUUAUGCACAUCUGGGACAGUUGCUGUGGAGCUGCAGCUUGCACGAUUACCUUGUGUUGUGGUGUAUCGUGCCCAUAUUUUGACAGAAUGGUUUAUUCGGUACAAAACAAAGAUCCAGUACAUAUCACUUCCCAAUAUUCUCUUGGACAAGGCCAUUAUUCCUGAAGCCCUCUUUCAAAAUUGCAAACCAGCAAACCUAGCCUUGUUGCUCAAUGAUUUAAUACAUGAUAACGAUUGUCGAGAAGAACAAAUACUUGCAGCCCACAAGUUUGUCAAGCUUCUAUUUCCUUCAGAGAGAAUAAAGUACCACCUUCCACAACAAAAUUUGAUAGGAGCAUAUCCUGAUUACACUCCAAGUGCACUUGCAGCAUUGGCUGUAUUAAACCAUGAUUCUUGCAAGUUUGGGAAAUUUAUUUCCCUAUCAAUAGGAUGGUCCCAUUCUAUGGCUCUUAGGCUAUCUUGAGAUGAUGAUGAUGAUGAAGAGAUAUACCACAUGCAUAUAGAAUUAAGCACAGGCAUUUGCACAAGUAUAUAUAUAUAUUAUAAUUAUGAUUGAUUAGGUUACAUGAAUAAUUGUUGUUGAUAAUGAGUGAAUGUAAAAUGAUUAAUGUAUUUGAGGCGAGUGUUGCCUUGGAUGUUGGAUACGAAUAUAGAUGCAUUUAUGGAACUUAAGUAUGAUGU